UCCUGUCGACGCUGUUUUGCUUUCAGUGUACGGACUUCCCGGCUCCAUAGCUUCAACCAAUGCAUAUUAAAGAGUUUACGCUACUUCGCAUCUACAAGGUUAUUUAAGACUGCUUCUUUUCCUGUUCGGCCAGUUCAACAUCACAGUCUAAUAAGCAAGUAAGUGAAUAAGUACAUGCUGUCAUGGAGCUGACUGAAGAUUACAAACAGAUAAUUGUGGAUGAAGUGAUUGAUUCAUUAAAAGGUGGUAUUAGCACUACUAUACAGCUCAUGAAGCAUAUGCAAGCAGUUGACUGUGAUCACAUGAAAGGCAAGUCGCGGAAAAUCCAAAAAUCCAUUCUGAAUGCAGAGAAGCGUUUCUCAAAGGCUGAAUUGUCAGCCAUGUGCCAAGUCAGAAAAGUUGAUGACGAAUGUUUAAACCUUACUUGUGAAAAGAAUCAACUAGAAAAUGAAGAAAAAGACAAAAAGGAGUUAUUAUAUUCAUUGCAGAAGGACCUGGAACAUUUAGAAGAGACGCUGAGAAUUUCAAAAACGAGUCUUAGUCAGGCACACAAUAGUCUGCAAUCAGCUGAGCAAAGUGUUAAGAAAGCCAGAAAGAGGGUGAGAGAUGAGGAGCGAAAUAAGAAUAUUGGCAUUGGAUUGAUGUUUGUACCAAUCGUUGGUACCGUUGUUGGAGCAGCAUUGAUUAUUGCUGCUGAGAGCGCAAAAAAAGAUGCUGAGUAUGCCGCCAAGAUUGCACAGGAGAAUGUAGAUAGUUGUAAAAGCAAUGUCACUACGAAUGAAAGAAACAUCCAGGAUUGCACAAAAAAAGUGGACAGCCAGAGAAAUGACAUUGAUUCAAUCAACAGAUGUCUGCAGGAAAUUUCAAGCAAGCUGGAGAGCCUCUCACAGAUGCGCCUGGAGAUGGGCGAGGUUCAGAAGAAGCUAAAGGACGCCACCUUCUUCCUGAGCACCUUGGCUGGAAAGAUGCAGGCAGCCAAAUUCCAAACAAAAACUUUAAUUCUAUUUGAUCCGUUAAUUAAUAUUUUAGAUGACAUUGCCCAGUAUCUGUGCAAGCAAAAGUAUCUGGAACUCUUCCAGCAGCAUAUUGAGCCAAUGAUCAAGCAGCUGAAAAAUGAGAAUACCAGUCUGAAAAGUAUCUGCAAGAAUGACAGUGAUGCUAUCCAAUUUUUUUAAGCAAAAAUAUAUUGAUUAGAUGUAAAGUAUGUUUUAUAUUUGAUAUAAUGCUUUUUAACUGUAAUACUAGUGUGACUGUAAAGCAAAAUAGCUGUAAAAAAAAUUUUCUAGAUAAGCUUCUUUGUAAAUCAUGUACUGCUUGAAUGCAUAUUUAAAAAAAAUGUUAUUUAUACAUCUCUUUUGUUGCAAAUGGAGUUUUAAAAUGUUUGUAUAUGUCAAUGUGACAGGUGGGACCUAAUUCUGCUUCAUGCCCAAUUUUAAUUAAUAAAAUGGUAUGAGACCAGCACAGAAAGGAGCAGACAGAGAUUGUGUUGCCUGAUCAAUGAGUAAGAUGUUUUAAAAUGGGAUUUUUACUUUUCUUUCUAAUUAAUUGACAUACUAAUUAUUAUUUUUUUCUUUUUGUUUAUCAACUGCUGCUUUGUGGCUGUUUUACUAUUUUGAAGACUGUUUUUUAUUAUUAUUACUGCCAGUAAUGUUUAUAUGUUAACUUUCAAAUUAAUGUAAGGUUGUGCUUGGGGGAAGGAAUCGGGAAUCAGUGGUUUGGUUUAUUUUAUUUUUCACAAGUGUGUGUUUUUUGAUUAUUUCUUUUAGUCACUGAUAUAUAGUAGGUUCAUUGGUAUAGUAUUUGUUUGCUGUAGGUUUUUUUGUUGUUCUCAUAUUGUUGUUUGUUAUAAGAUUCCCCAUGCCGAUCAUUAUCAUGGUUAUAACUGGCUGUAAUAAAUUAUUUUAUUUUAUUUUCCUGUUGAGAUAGAUAGAUAGAUAGAUAGAUAGAUAGAUAGAUAGAUAGAUAGAUAGAUAGAUAGAUAGAUAGAUAGAUAGAUAGAUAGAUAGAUAGAUAGAGUCAUCCAUCCAUUUCCCAACCCGCUGAAUCCGAACACAGGGUCACGGGGGUCUGCUGGAGCCAAUCCCAGCCAACACAGGGCACAAGGCAGGAACCAAUCCCGGGCAGGGUGCCAACCCAC